AGGUAAAACGACUAACGUAUUACACAAAUAACGAAGUUUUCAUGAACAAAUAGUUAUUAUCAAACUACUAGCCAUGGCGCACUACUCCGUUUUAUUUCUUUUCACAUUAUUAGUCUCAUUGCAUAGUUCCUUAGCCAGUCAAAACCAGCACAUUCAACAGCCUGGAACUGCAAUCAUAGAGGCAGUUCCCACCGAUGAUACAGUAACCAGCGACGAAAGAGGAGACCAGGGUUUAGCAGAAGAUUCCUCAGAAACAUGUCAAGUAAGUGAGAACAUUGUGGAGAACCCGACUUCAGAAAAUCAGCUUUCAUCGGAAUUUACUUCACUGAAUUAUCAAGCACCUAAUCCGGACCCCUAUCUCCGUGCAACCUUCCAUAAAGGCCAUUACUAUCCUUAUAGUGCUUAUAAUGCUUAUAAGAACAUGUAUCAAGUUGACCCGGUUAAUGAUUCGGGAAGAGGAAGAGGUUUAAAUUACAAUGAUAUUUGGUACCCUUACACGAACCCAAGCUUUUAUACAUCCGUGCCAUAUUCCAAUAUUCAUCCAGUGAAGACUCUAGCGCCAGUGUAUGCAAGGCUUUAUGGAAAAUCGUGGCCAAUCGAACAGGAAUGGUACCCAAGUCAGAUUCGACGUCAAAGGACGCCUAAUAAUGACGAAGAUUUAUUGAAACAGCUCGAAUACGACUCUAUUAUGAAGAAUAUUUUGCCAACGAUGUCUAUUCCUUUGCCGCGCGAUGCGAUUCUACAGUCUGCAAAAGUUCCAUAUUCAUAUGCUGCUUUUCCACACGGAUCAAGUGAUUGUGCUUUACCAAUUCUUCUAGGCUGCACACCGAAAAUGACGUAUGGGAAUAUGAAAAAUCCUGUUCCAUACGCCCAGGCGUAUAGAAAGUUAGAAAAUAGCAAAGUUCACGAUCACGUCGAUAUUAGUGACGACAAAGUAGCCGAAAAACAUUAAAUGUAUUUAUUGUAUUUCUUAGUGAUACCACGUGGCAAUAAAUAUAAUAUAAACAUA